CCCACUUGUCCAACUUAAAACUUGGCUGUCUUCAAAAUUGUGAACAGCAUCAGUUUGAUCUUGCAGUAUCUUUUAUAUUCCGCAUUCCCACGUCAUCUCCAAAAUGCAUGAAAAUCUAGUUCCGCGUCGCACACAAUUUUCCAGUUGUGAUGCAUGUCGCAGGUCUCGGGUCGCCUGCGAUGCGAUGAAGGGGCGGUCGGCCUUAACAAGUGCAGCCUGGAUGAAUGCUUGCACUCGAUGUCUAAACCGCGGCCGUCAGUGCACGUUCGAGUGGAUUCAAAACGCGACUUUGCCGAACAGCAAGAGAAAGUUUGUAGCGAAUCGACGCGAAAACGCCGCUUAUGUUCCCACGGCUUCGGAAAUUAGUGCGACAGAAGCCGCUGUUAAUAGCCCACCUUCCACUGAUGCUCAGAGCAGUGGUAUUUCAAUGCAGUCGACAGAUAGAUGUGGUGAAAACGGCCCCGCAGUACUGUCCGCUGAUCAUGCAGAGUGGUUACGAGGAAUAUAUGAGUCCAUUUUUGAAGAUGUUUUUGGGUCCUGGCUUGGUAACUAUAGUUGUCCUUAUGUUUUCCGCGAUAAUCGACUCCGGGACCGAAACAAUUUGGCUCUCUCUGUCAGCAUCUCUAGCCUUUGUCGGGAGUGCGAUCAGUGGAUGAAACGGGUCCAAGGCCAAGGAAUGAGCCCUCGAAACGAAGAGGUGGAAAGCCCUGGCGAGAUUGAUCGUGACAGGCAAAUUGAUUAUUCAUUAUCACGAGCAAUAUACGCCUUUUCGGCUCGGUGGUUGCCUCUUACAGAACACUCAGGGUCAGUACGAAUUGGAUUAAUGGACACUAUAGAAAGCCUCUGGAGAGAGGUGCGACGCGACAUUUUGAGGGUUAUUAACCGCCCUUGUUAUCGCUCAGCUCUCACCCUGUUUCUUUUUGCUUUGACUCCGAUCCCGGCCGGUAUUUCUGAAGAAGAAGAGAUUGAUGGAGUGCCAGCACAAUUUUGUGUUCAGGCUGCUUUACAACAGGUUCUCACUUUGCGGGCUCUUCAAAGAAGCCUGGAGUUCAAUGGAUCUAAGGUGUCGUCGAUCUCGCCGAUAUUAAAUGCCAUCACCAGCCCUACUCCCGUUACUAAGGAUUUCCUUGGAAUUGAAAGUAUGGUUUACUGGGCAGCUAUGACCUUUGAUACGUCGUCCUCACUCACUUUAAAUACCAAAUCUCUGCUAUCACCUGGUCUAGUUCUUGGGGCCGAACUAGAAUCAUCGUGGCGCCUAGUGCGCACAUGCACCAAUAUAUUCCACGAGGAGACUAAGGAUUGGCGGGCGGAGGGUGUGCAUAUUACCGAAGAACGGGCCAAUCAAAUCAUUGCAUCGGCGUCGUCGUGGAAGCUAUUUGUUUGGAAGGCAGCGGCAGUGGUGAAGGAAGCUCUACGAGAAGGCCAGGAGGAAGAGGCUGUUCAACAAGCAUUCAGAACAGCAAUAGAUGCGGUGAACCAAUUCAGCCUCACCUAUCGCGAAUUGCUAGCUGCAUGUGAACGCCGCAUUCAGUUUUUUGGUCACAAAACUAAGUUACGUUGGUAUGAAUUGAUUUUGCACUAUAAUCUAAGCAUAUUAAUUAUGCUCGAUGCUGUCGAAAUUGCAGGGCGUAUGGAUCUAAUAGAAAAGACGAAAGUAGUCAAAGCGGACGCGGAAGGCAGUCUAAUGAACUGCCUCAUCUUUGGCUUGAAUAAUGACUUUUAUGUUUCAAGACAGGGCAUCUUGCAGCAGCAACUCCACCUACAGAAUUCACAAGAAGACGACGAGCACGAGCUUAAUAAACGUGUGCCCCUGAUCGUCAUUGACCCUUAUCCUCAUCACGUGGUUGCUGGAGUAAGAAUUCUAUGGAAGGCUGUAGAACGGAAUUUGGAGAAUAAUACCCUUGAUCAGAGCACUGCUGAGCAUAUGCACGGGAUUAUGCUCCAAGCUUUGCGAUUGCUUCCUCAAGCGUCCAAAUCUGUCAGGACGGCGCGGCAGCAGGCAGAAGCGGCCUAUAUCCUUUAGUCUUAGUUUCUAUGUACUACAACUAUUUGCCAGGGGGGAGUUGACCGAGACAUGAUACUUUCAAGAGUUUCACUCUUCAAACGUUCAAUGUUAUUAUAUUGAUUCUGUUUCACGUCGCUUAUUCAUAGAUGGUAUUAUAUAUACAUAUAUCUAUACAUAUAUCCUUUUAUAACCUAGAAUACUACAAAU